AUGAUGACGUUCUACGACCAGUAUCUGGACGAUGAACUCCCACGUCGCGAGGCGCUGCAGCAGCAGAAGUGGGCCAGAGAGAAGAAGGCAUUGGUUGAUAAGGACACAAAGCAUAAGGAGACGAAGACGGCCUUGCAGGCCAAGCGUGAUGCGAUCAAAGAGCAGAUGGACUAG